AUGUCUGGUCGUGGCAAGACAGGCGGGAAGGCACGAGCAAAGGCAAAGUCUCGCUCCUCCAGAGCAGGGCUGCAAUUUCCUGUGGGCCGAGUUCACCGACUGCUGCGAAAGGGGAAUUACGCAGAGCGGAUUGGUGGUGGAGCCCCAGUAUAUUUGGCUGCUGUGCUCGAGUACCUCAGCGCCGAGAUCUUGGAACUCGCCGGCAACGCAGCGAGAGACAAUAAAAAGAGCCGAAUCAUCCCGCGCCACUUGCAGCUGGCGGUGCGCAACGAUGAAGAGCUGAACAAGCUGUUGGGCGGAGUUACAAUUGCUCAGGGUGGUGUUUUGCCCAACAUCCAUGCUGUCUUGCUGCCCAAGAAGACGGAAGCUCUGCAUAAUGCUGCUAGCAGCAAACCUACCACCAGCAUGAGCAAGUCUGCCAAGGUGCCCAAAGUUGCAGUCAAGCCCAUGGCUGCUCCUGUUGCUGUUCAGUGA